AUGUCUCCAUACCACCUGGUGUUUGGGAAAGCGCGUCAUCUACCAUUAGAGUUGGAACACCGAGCAUAUUGGGUUAUGAAACAGUUGAAGAUGGAUGGAGCACCGAGCAUAUUGGGCUAUGAAACAGUUGAAUAUGGAUCUCAAGGCUGCCAACUCAAACUCUUCCCAGGAAAGUUAAGAACAAGGUGGUCGGAUCCCUAUACCAUAACUAAGGUGAUGCAAUAUGGGGCUAUUGAAGUGAGUCACGAGACCAAAGGCACUUUCAUCAUCAAUGGGCAAAGACUAAAACAUUAUUGGAGCUGUAAUUUCCCUAAGCAGAAGUCCACUGUGUAA